CAACAGAGAGACGCAGAGAGCAGGCAAAACAGUUUUUUGCUAUUCGCGGACAGCAACUCACAGACAAAAAUGGCUGAUGUUGUUGAAACACUGAAGAGGAUUGAAGCCCACAAAGAUGUCAUUGGAAUAAUAGUUGUCAAUGCAGAAGGUAUUCCUAUCAGGUCAACUUUAGAUAACUCUAAUACACGUCGGUAUGCAGAACCUCUUCGUCAAAUCGCCAUGAUGGCUCGGAGCACAGUGAGAGAUAUUGACCCCCAGAAUGACCUCAGAUUCCUCCGCAUCCGCACCAAAGAUUAUCAAAUCUUGGUUGCAGUAGAUAAUGACUUUCUGCUGAUCACCAUCCAGAUGCCAAGUAAAUAGCUGCUGGGCAUUUCAGUGAAAGUCAGCCUUUGAUUUGUCACAUCACAUGGUGGAUCCUUUUCCAGGCAUAGGAUCCUGCGUGUUCUUCCAUGUACUGCAUAAUCCUCUAUUGUCUUCUUGGAACUCAAGAAUGUCAUCUCAAUCCACAGGAUGUUUUACUUGUUUUACCAACAUGUGUUUUGUGUUAUAUUUUAUGUCUCUGUGUUGAUAUUGAAUAUGUUUGUAAAAAUAAAGCUGUUUUUCAUUGUGCAGUACAGACAACUCAGCACUGUUACUUCUGUUCAUCUUCAGAUCGGUGGCACACAAACAAUCAAACGACUGCACCAGCCCCUCAACAGCUACCACAUACUUUAAAUACUCGGACGAUAC